AUGGCCCUCUCGCCACCGCAGCAGCAGAACCACCUUCGCGCUCUCGAUGACGCCGUCAUCGGCGACAUCAGUUUGAAGCAGAUCCUCCAAUUGGCCCUCAUCUCGUUGGCGUGUUUCUUCGACGCACAACAAAAUUUCAUCACCAUCUUCACCGACACCCAGCCCAAAUGGAGCUGCAACUCCCAAUCCCCCGCCACGUGUACCGACAUGUGUCGGCUGCCAGAGGGCUCGUGGUCGUGGGAUUCCCCCGCGCACUCGUCCAUCAUAUCCCAAUGGUCCCUCCAAUGCUCGAGCCCGAUUAUCCGUGGCCUGCCGGCCUCGUCAUUUUUCCUCGGCUGCCUAAUCGGCGGCUUGGCCCUUUCCACGCUGGCGGAUUCGAGCCGCGGCCGUAAGAACAUGCUCGCCCUAUCCUGCCUCGUCAUGUCGGUUUUCGGGUGCCUAACCGCGCUUUCCGUGAACGUGUGGAUGUACGCCGGCCUCCGAUUCAUGAGCGGCCUCGGACGAGCCGUGAUCGGCUCGUGCUCGUUUGUCCUCGGGACCGAACUCGUCGGCCAGAAAUGGAGGGGCAAAGUCGGCAUUUUCGGCUUUGUGUGCUAUGACCUGAGCUUUCUCUCUCUCCCGAUUCUGGCCUAUUUGCUGAGGGGGUCCUCCUGGAGGUUAAUGUACGUCUGCACUUCCGCUCCUUGUGUUUGCUACUCGAUUCUUGUCUAUUUCUCGACUCACGAGUCCCCGAGAUGGCUUUUCAUCAAGGGUAGAAAAAGGGAGUUCGCGAGGACGCUCAAAAGCCUCUUGCGAAAGGGGAAUUUCGAUCUCACCGUGGUGGAUUCUCUGCAAUGGACUGAGAAUUCUGCGGAACAGAAUCACUCUGCUGCAUUUAAAGUCUUGUUCGUGUGUAAGUGGGCAGUGAAGAGAUUGAUACUAAGCUCCGUGGCAGGAUUCGCGGUUGGGCUGGCCUACUAUGGGAUGCCUUUGGGCCUCGGGAGCCUGCACUUCAAUUUAUACAUAAGCGUUGGGCUGAAUGCGCUGUCGGGCCUCCUGUCGAACGUGGCCCUGCUAUUCGUGAUCGGGAGAAUGAGGCGGAAGGUGUUGAUGGGUGGGCUGUGUUUGUUGAGUGGGGUUUGCAACUUGGCGGGCGUGUUCGUGGGGCUCAAGGGGUGGAAGAUGGGGAUGGAGCUGCUCUCGUUUUUCUGGGCGGGCAUGGCUUUCAACGUGCUGCUGGUGUACGUGAUGGAGAUGUUCCCGACGUGCGUGAGGAACUCAGCUGUGUCGGUUGUGAGAGAGGCCAUAUUAUUGGGCGGGUUUCUCGGGCCCGUGGUUGUGGAUGUGGGGCCCACGGGGAACGGGUUUUUCCCGUACGGGAUUUUUGGGGUGACGAUAUUGGUGUGCGGGUUGUUUGUGCUGUGGCUUCCGGAAACAAAAGGGAGGGUGUUGUUCGAUACUAUGGACGAGGAGGAGGACUAUAGGGGGACUAUAGGGUGA